GAAAUUUUGAAAACUCUUAAAGGGAAUGAGGAAUCAGGAGAGGAGUAAGUAAAGAAAAGGGCCUUUGGUUUCCUGAAAGGUGGUAAAAUGUUUAUAAACUUCAAAUUCUGAUGAGUUAUCUGUGUUAAGACAUGGAGGGACCACUCAGAAAUGACAGGUGGUACAAAAUAGUGGGAAAAUAUGGCCAUUAAAAAAAACUAUUUGAAAGAAGGAACAAGAAAAAUAGAGAACGUAAGAGACUUAAAUCCAGCUCUGUUGCACAGCAUACUCAACAUGGACAGUCAAAUCGACGCAACACAGAAGGCCACAAUCAGUCUUAAACAGCAGCUUUCCCCAAGCCACCCACCCUGCCCAAGAGUAGACAGGAAGUGACCUCUACCUGAUGAUGCAAGCUGCCCAUUGUGACUGCUGCUGACAUCACAGCAUCUCUCUCACUCUCAGGGAAGGGGUUGGGUGCGUCUCCUUCACCUUCCUGUGCAGCUGAGGCGGUCUUUGGCUCUUACAUCUGCUUGAUGUAGCUUGUCUGUCUCAAGUGCCGUCGGCUAGCUGUGGUCUUGGCGUAGCUACUGCUGACGACCCCCGGCCCCUCUUCUGAUCCACCACCGGUGGUUCCAGGAACAAGGAGCUUGGCCUAGAGAGCUCCAAGGGCCAACGCUGGGCAGAGGACAACCACCCGGUUACCAAAGGACUUUUUCUAGGAGAUUCCGGGCAGUGCAAGACUCUGCUCCAAGAACAAUCCCUCAUGGAACCAGAAGCCUUAGAAAUCUGCCCUUACAAUCCGCACCACCGGAUUCCACUCAGCAGAUUCCAGUACCAUCUGGCAUCCUGUAGGAGAAAGAACCCCAAGAAAGCCAAAAAGAUGGCCAGCUGCAAAUACAACGCCUGCCACGUGGUUCCCAUUAAGCAGCUGGGAGAGCACGAGGCGUCCUGCGUCAACAGAAGCUCCGUGGAGGAAGAGAACAACUUGAGCCCUCUGCAAGUCAACCUCCCAGGCCCAGAGCCACACAAGGAUCCCCUGCAGCUCUCCCCCUGGCUUUCCAGUUCCGACAUCUGGAACGUCGAAGGUGCCGACUGCCACCCGCUGUUCAUUCUGAAGACUUUUGUCCCACAAAAGCUGGUUUGUCAAAGUGAUGUGAGGGAGUCGGCAACAGAGGAGACCAAUGCCCUGAAGAUCCUCAGACCAGGACAGUAAAAAUGACAGCCACACGAAGGACCCCAUGUGCAUCCAUCACACGUGUGCAACAUGCAACUCGUUGGAAUAAAAGGUGUGCAAAGUA